AAAAGCAGCUGGUGCAGGUUACAGUCAUCGUUCUGGCUACAACUAUCGCUCGGAAUGUGUGCUGGAGUGGAAAUCACCACUGCUACAUAUACAUCAUACACAGUGACGUUUUAAACAGUUUACGUCGGAUUUCUUCUAUAGUCUACGUCUCAACUGCAGUCGGAUGUAUGACUUUAGAACAGGAAGCAGAUUUCUGCUUCUUCCAUACCAUCUUCUCCAUGGUGUUUCAGGCCAAUCAAUUUCUUACUAGCCUCUGGGUACUUCUAACCGGACUAUGUGGCUGGGUGGAAGGACAAGCUACAAACGAGCAGCCGUGGGCUUCGAUCCUUUACACAGCAGUAGUUCGGGGAAAAGUAGCCCUGCCUUGUGACAUAUCGCCUCCCUCUGCUGAUGACAGCGUGGCCUUAAUUCUGUGGUACAAAGACGAAGCUCCAACACCAAUAUACACAUUAGAUGCUCGUUAUGGUAAAAUAGAACAAGCAAGACAAUCAUCAAGCAGUGAACUGGAAAAUCGAGCUUAUUUCAAUAUGAUUAAUCGACCAGCCUUUUUGCAAUUGGAUCCAGUUGAAGAGGAUGAUAGUGGUGAAUACAGAUGUCGAGUGGAUUUUCAUACAGCUCGAACUGUGAAUACAGUCAUUUCACUGAAAGUCAUUGUUCCUCCAUCAAAGCCAGUCAUCAAAGAUUCGAGUGGGAAACAAGUGAAAGGACUCAUUGGACCUUACAAUGAAGGCGAAUCACUAGUUCUAACGUGUGAAGCCGAAGGAGGCAAACCUCGACCUUCUGUCACAUGGUGGAGGGAUUAUUUAUUAGUAGAUGACACAUACACUUACGAUUCUGGAGACACAAUUGUUCGAAAUGACCUGACCAUAGAAAAGCUGAGGAGAGAAGAUUUGUUGGUUGUUCUUACUUGUCAAGCCAUCAAUAAUAAUAUAACUGUCUCUGCUUCCAGUUACAUCACACUAGAUCUCAAUUUGAAACCGAGCACUGUAGAGGUUCAACCAAAACAACGCCCAUUGUCUGCAGGAAAGGAGACGGAAUACACAUGUGUAACAAGUGGAGCCCGUCCAAAAGUAGUGAUAGCUUGGUGGAAAGGCAGCGAACAAAUAAAAACUGAGACUCCUAGUGAUGACAGCAGUAGUACAAUCGUGUUCACGCCCACUAUAGAAGACGACGGAAAAUAUUUCUAUUGUCGUGUCUAUAACCCUUUAAUCCCUAGCAGUGCUUUAGAAGAUGGCUGGAAGUUAGAGAUACAUUAUCGACCUCAAGUUACUCUACAGAUUGGAAAAACGCUGCAAAGAAAACAUUUGCAAGAAGGUGAUGAUGUCCACUUGGAAUGUCAUAUUCGAUCUAAUCCGUGGAUCAAUAAUAUCCAAUGGUACUUCAAUGGAAGUGAACUGCACAAUGAUAUUAUGGCUGGUAUUGUGAUCAGCAACCAAUCCCUGGUCUUAGAAAAAGUGCAACGGACUAAUAGAGGAAUAUAUUCCUGUUCUGCAAAAAAUCAAGAGGGAGGAGGACAUAGCAAUGAUGUCUACUUACCAAUAAGAUGCAAACCUCGACCUUCUGUCACAUGGUGGAGGGAUUAUUUAUUAGUAGAUGACACAUACACUUACGAUUCUGGAGACACAAUUGUUCGAAAUGACCUGACCAUAGAAAAGCUGAGGAGAGAAGAUUUGUUGGUUGUUCUUACUUGUCAAGCCAUCAAUAAUAAUAUAACUGUCUCUGCUUCCAGUUACAUCACACUAGAUCUCAAUUUGAAACCGAGCACUGUAGAGGUUCAACCAAAACAACGCCCAUUGUCUGCAGGAAAGGAGACGGAAUACACAUGUGUAACAAGUGGAGCCCGUCCAAAAGUAGUGAUAGCUUGGUGGAAAGGCAGCGAACAAAUAAAAACUGAGACUCCUAGCGAUGACAGCAGUAGUACAAUCGUGUUCACGCCCACUAUAGAAGACGACGGAAAAUAUUUCUAUUGUCGUGUCUAUAACCCUUUAAUCCCUAGCAGUGCUUUAGAAGAUGGCUGGAAGUUAGAGAUACAUUAUCGACCUCAAGUUACUCUACAGAUUGGAAAAACGCUGCAAAGAAAACAUUUGCAAGAAGGUGAUGAUGUCCACUUGGAAUGUCAUAUUCGAUCUAAUCCGUGGAUCAAUAAUAUCCAAUGGUACUUCAAUGGAAGUGAACUGCACAAUGAUAUUAUGGCUGGUAUUGUGAUCAGCAACCAAUCCCUGGUCUUAGAAAAAGUGCAACGGACUAAUAGAGGAAUAUAUUCCUGUUCUGCAAAAAAUCAAGAGGGAGGAGGACAUAGCAAUGAUGUCUACUUACCAAUAAGAUAUCGACCUCAAGUUACUCUACAGAUUGGAAAAACGCUGCAAAGAAAACAUUUGCAAGAAGGUGAUGAUGUCCACUUGGAAUGUCAUAUUCGAUCUAAUCCGUGGAUCAAUAAUAUCCAAUGGUACUUCAAUGGAAGUGAACUGCACAAUGAUAUUAUGGCUGGUAUUGUGAUCAGCAACCAAUCCCUGGUCUUAGAAAAAGUGCAACGGACUAAUAGAGGAAUAUAUUCCUGUUCUGCAAAAAAUCAAGAGGGAGGAGGACAUAGCAAUGAUGUCUACUUACCAAUAAGAUAUGCUCCUGUUUGUUCAUCAUCGAAAACUGUGUAUGGAGUGAGUCUGAAUGAGGCUGUUCGAGUAGUUUGCGAAGUAGAUGCUGAUCCAAAUGAUGUUACUUUCUAUUGGAUGUUCAAUAAUUCUGCUAGAGUGAUGGAAAUAGUCGCUUUUACAAAAGAAGGAAUGAGAAGUGUGACUACUUAUACACCAAGGACAGACGAUGAUUACGGUUCCCUUAUUUGCCAAGCGAAGAACAAUGUUGGAAUUCAACACGAAUCUUGCAAUUUUUCCAUAAUUCCAGCCGGUAAAUAUUUAUUUAGUAAACUUAUUUAUACUCGCAGAUCCUUUCCGUUUAAUAUAAAUGCUCCUGUUUGUUCAUCAUCGAAAACUGUGUAUGGAGUGAGUCUGAAUGAGGCUGUUCGAGUAGUUUGCGAAGUAGAUGCUGAUCCAAAUGAUGUUACUUUCUAUUGGAUGUUCAAUAAUUCUGCUAGAGUGAUGGAAAUAGUCGCUUUUACAAAAGAAGGAAUGAGAAGUGUGACUACUUAUACACCAAGGACAGACGAUGAUUACGGUUCCCUUAUUUGCCAAGCGAAGAACAAUGUUGGAAUUCAACACGAAUCUUGCAAUUUUUCCAUAAUUCCAGCCGAUGCUCCUGUUUGUUCAUCAUCGAAAACUGUGUAUGGAGUGAGUCUGAAUGAGGCUGUUCGAGUAGUUUGCGAAGUAGAUGCUGAUCCAAAUGAUGUUACUUUCUAUUGGAUGUUCAAUAAUUCUGCUAGAGUGAUGGAAAUAGUCGCUUUUACAAAAGAAGGAAUGAGAAGUGUGACUACUUAUACACCAAGGACAGACGAUGAUUACGGUUCCCUUAUUUGCCAAGCGAAGAACAAUGUUGGAAUUCAACACGAAUCUUGCAAUUUUUCCAUAAUUCCAGCCGCACCACCGGACAUUGUACAGAACUGUACAGUUUUAAACGAAACUGAAGAAUCAUUGCUUAUUGAUUGCAUAGAGGGAUACGAUGGUGGAUUGAUGCAAAUAUUUAACAUAGAAAUUUACGACGAAUUGCUGUCUAGACUACAAAUGAACACGACGUCGGUGCAUCCAUUUUUUCAACUUCAUGGCUUAUCGAGUGGAAGGACUUACAGAAUAAUGAUCUAUUCUGUCAAUUCUAAAGGAAAAAGCAUACCUUACUAUCUGUCAGCCAGCACGUUACAACGUGCCGCAAAAUUAACAGGCAAGAUAACUUCUAUUAAUGUGUGUUAA